AUGACAUCCAUCAUCCACUUUACGCCCAUCUCCGGCGGGCAGGACCAGUCGCCGCCCUGUUAUCUGCUGCAGAUUGACGAGUUCCAGUGCCUGCUCGACUGCGGCUUCGAUGAGACCUUCGACAUUAACUACGUGCAGCACCUGAAGCCGUACAUUGGCUCGAUUGACGCGGUUCUACUUUCACAUCCGGACAUUCACCACCUGGGUGCCCUACCUUACUUGGUGGGCAAACUGGGCCUCUCCUGCGACGUGUACGCCACCACGCCGGUCUUCCAGAUGGGCCAGAUGUUCGCCUACGACCUCUUCCAGUCACGGAACAACUACGAGGACUUUGAGCUCUUCACCCUCGACGACAUCGACCUCGCCUUCGAGCGGGUGACGCAGGUGAAGUACAACCAGUCCAUUGUUCUGAAAGGCCGCGGCCAGGGCAUCACCCUCACCCCGCUGCCCGCCGGCCACAUGGUCGGCGGCACCAUCUGGCGCAUCGUCAAGGACGGCGGCGAGGACAUCAUCUACGCGGCGGACAUCAACCACAAGGCGGAGCAGCACCUGAACGGUUGCGACGCCGCCUUCAAGCAGAUCUCCCGGCCGUCGCUCUUCAUCACCGACUGCAUCAACGUCGACUACCACCUGAAGAAGCGGAAGGAGCGGGACGACGAGCUGCUGCGUUUCAUUCAGGAAACGGCCCGCAGCGGCGGCAACGUCCUCGUCGCCCUCGACACCGCCGGCCGCUCGCUGGAGAUUGCCCACCUCCUGGAGAGGGCCUGGGCGGACCCGGCCUCCGGGCUGCAGGCCUACAGCCUGGUCCUCCUCAACAACGUCAGCUACAAUGUGAUGGAGUUCGCCAAGUCGAUGAUGGAGUGGAUGGCCGACCGGCUGAUGCGCCAGUUCGAGGGCCAGCGCUCCAACCCAUUCGCUUUCCGCCACCUGCAGCUCUGCCACGACCUCGCCGAGGUGGCCCGCGUCCACGAGCCGGCGGUCAUCCUCGCCUCGCAGCCCGACCUCGAGUGCGGCUUCUCGCGGGAGCUCUUCUUCAGCAUGGCCGCCAACCCGAAGAACACCAUCAUCUUCACGCAGCGGCCCUCCGCCGGGACGCUCGCCGACCGGCUGCUGAAACUAAAUAGAAACGGUGGUGGUGGUGAGGGCGGUGGUGAAGAAAACAGCCACUUCAUCGAGGAGGUGAAGCGGGCUCGUGUCCCGCUGACCGGUCGCGAGCUGGACGAGUACCUCGAGGCACGGAAGCAGGAGCAGCUGGAGAAGGAACGGGCGGAGACCCGAUCCAGCCACUCCGAGUCGAGUGAUAAGCUGAACUCCACCACCCCGGACGGAAAGGCGGUGAAGCACGACCUGCUGGUGGCGGGCCGGAUCGACGGCCGCCCCAAGGGCGGCGGCUUCUUCCGCAACGCCAAGAAGUCCUACCCGAUGUUCCCCUGCAUCGAGCGGAAGCUGAAGUGGGACGAGUACGGGGAGAUCAUCAACCCCGAGGACUACUCCUCCUUUGACGUCAGUCGGAUGGGCGCGGCGCUCAACGGCGGUGUUCCCGGUGGAGAUGAUAAGGAGAAUCUUCGGCUUGAAGAGGCGAAUGGAGGGGGUGGAAAAGCAGCAGAAGCGGCCGCCGCCGCCUCCCUCGAGGCCCUCGAAGCCCUCAACCCCACCAAGUGCACCGUCUCCACCCUCCAGGUGGCCGUCCUCUGCCGCCUGGAGUUCAUCGACUUUGAGGGCCGCACCGACGACGAGUCCCUCAAGCGGCUGAUCAUCAAGGUGAACCCUCGCCGGUUGAUCCUCGUCCGCGGCGAGCCCGCCAAGAUCGCCGCCUUCAAGGACUUCUGCGUGCGGUGCUUCAACUCGGAGGAGCGCACCUUCACCCCCCAGGCGCUGGAGCCGGUGGACGCCACCACGGAGCGGCACAUCUACCAGAUCAAGCUGAAGGACGCGCUGGUCAGCUCGCUCAGCUUCAGCGCCGCCAAGAAUGGCGCCCAGCUCGCCUGGGUGGACGCCGAGGUGACGCUGGCCGCGCCCGAGUCGCUGAUGCCUGCGGAGGAGGCGGCGGCGGCGGCGGCGGCGGCGGAAGAUUCGCUCAUGCUCGGCUCCGACUAUCCCUUCCNGGCGCUGAAACUGGCACUGGAGUAUUUUGGAGAGGAUUCACUCAUGCUCGGCUCCGACUAUCCCUUCCUCCUCGGAGAGCACGUUCCCGGCACGUUGAUCACCGGCGAAAGCUGUGGCCACUUUCUGGGCGAAGCAACUCGGCGAAAGCUGCUAGCCGGUAAUGCGCUUCGAUUUUUCAGUCAUUCAUAA